CGAUUCUUACAAAGAUCUCUCAACGCUGUCUGUCUGCUCCUUGACUUCAUCUCCACUCCAGUCUCUCCACUUUCGCACUUUCCAAUCUUCAUAAUUAAUAAAAUUCGAUUUCAAUCUCCAAUUUUUAUUUCGUUUCCGUCAACGGAAAACCUAGAGUUUCACUUCCUUAUGGCCGAAGACUCCCCUUGCUCCACCCAACUCAUCGACGGAAACGGCGUCUUCAAUGUCCAAGGCCUCGACAACUUCGUCCGUACCACCAGGCUCGCCGAUUGUGGCCUCUCCUACGCCGUCGUCGCCGUCAUGGGCCCACAAAGUAGUGUGGUGGACAGGGAAAAGUACUCUAUUGAAUCAUCUUUUUCAUACGAAUUUUAGAGAGAUGGAUGCACUUAGAGGAAGGAGUCAAACAACUAAGGGAAUUUGGAUAGCUAAGUGUGUUGGCAUUGAGCCUUUCACAAUCGCAAUGGAUUUAGAGGGAACUGAUGGGAGGGAAAGAGGCGAGGAUGACACUGCAUUUGAGAAACAGAGUGCCCUGUUUGCUUUGGCAAUAGCAGAUAUUGUAUUGAUAAACAUGUGGUGCCAUGAUAUUGGUAGGGAGCAGGCUGCUAACAAACCUCUUCUAAAAACAGUUUUCCAGGUCAUGAUGCGUUUGUUUAGCCCACGCAAAACAACUCUUCUGUUUGUUAUACGUGAUAAGACAAAGACUCCGCUAGAAUAUUUAGAGCCUAUUUUAAGAGAAGAUAUUCAGAAGAUAUGGAAUGCAGUUCGUAAACCUGAGGCCCAUAAAAGUACUCCUCUCAGUGAAUUUUUUAAUGUGGAGGUCACUGCUUUAUCUAGCUAUGAAGAAAAGGAGGAGCAGUUUAAAGAGCAGGUUGCUCAACUGAGGCAGCGGUUUUUCCAUUCCAUCUCUCCAGGAGGACUAGCUGGAGAUAGACAAGGUGUUGUUCCUUCCUCAGGAUUUUCUUUCAGUGCACAGCAGAUAUGGAAAAUUAUAAAAGAAAACAAGGACCUGGAUCUUCCUGCUCAUAAGAUAAUGGUUGCCACUGUUCGGUGUGAGGAAAUUGCCAAUGAGAAGCUCAGUCGUAUAUCAGCUGAUCAGGGUUGGUUGGCAUUGGAGGAAGCUAUUCAAGUGGGUCCUGUCCCAGAAUUUGGAAAAAAGCUUAGCUGUAUUCUAGAUACUUAUUUUUCAGAGUAUGACAUGGAGACGAUCUACUUCGAUGAAGGUGUAAGAACUACAAAAAGACAACAAUUGAAUUCUAAAGCAUUGGAUUUUGUCCAGCCUGCAUAUACUGCCAUGUUGGGUCAUCUGCGUUCUAAAGUGUUUGAUAGUUUUAAGACCAGACUGGAACAGUUACUGAACAAAGGGGAAGGCUUUGCUGCUUCAGUUCGCACUUGUUAUAAAUCUUGUAUGCUUGAGUUUGACCGAGGGUGUGCUGAUGCUGCUAUAAGACAUGCUAACUGGGAUGCUUCAAAAGUCCGGGAAAAACUUCGUCGUGACAUUGAUGGAUAUGCAUCAUCAGUUCGCAGCGCCAAGCUGUCUGAAAUUAUAGCCAACUAUGAGAAAAAGCUUACUGUAGCACUUAUUGAACCUGUAGAAUCUCUAUUUGAUGUUGGUAGUGAGGACACUUGGCCUUCAAUAAGAAGGCUUCUUAAACGUGAGACUGAAGCUGCUUUAUUGGAGCUUUCAAAUGCAGUUGCUGGUUUUGAGUUGGACCAAGCUACAAGUGACACAAUGGUUCAAAAUUUAAGGAGCUAUGCAAGAAAUGUGGUAGAGAAAAAGGCUAGAGAAGAUGCAGGCAAAGUUCUGAUCCGCAUGAAGGAAAGAUUCUCGACAGUCUUCAAUCAUGACAAUGAUUCAAUGCCAAGGGUUUGGACUGGAAAAGAGGACAUUAGGGCUAUUUUGAAGGAUGCCCAUUCUGCAUCACUGAGGGUAUUAUCUGUUAUGGCUGCCAUUCGCCUGGAUGAGAAGCCUGAUAAGAUUGAACCCUUGCUUUUUUCCUCACUUAUGGAUGGAACUGUUGCUGUUUCAUCUUCUCGAGAUAGGAGCAUAGGAGCUUCUGCAGAUCCUCUUGCCUCAAGCACAUGGGAGGAGGUUUCUCCAAAAGAUAUGUUGAUAACACCAGUACAGUGUAAGUCUUUGUGGAGGCAGUUUAGAACAGAGACUGAGUAUAUGGUCACUCAAGCAAUUUCGGCACAGGAGGCUCAUAGACGGAGUAACAACCGGUUACCUCCCCCAUGGGCAAUUGCAGCAAUGGCUAUCCUUGGUUUUAAUGAGUUCAUGCUCCUCUUAAAGAAUCCGCUUUAUCUCUUGAUUUUGUUCGUUGUAUAUUUACUUUCAAAAGCCUUAUGGGUACAAAUGGACAUUGCCAAAGAGUUCCAACACGGCACUAUGGCUGGCAUCAUUUCCAUUUCAUCGAGGUUUCUUCCCACGGUUAUGAACCUUCUUCGGCGACUUGCUGAAGAGGCUCAAGGGCAUACGCCUGAAGCUCCAAGGCCACAACAAUCUCUGGCUUCUCAGAUUUUCCGACACCAAACUCAACAAAAUCCAGUACCUAGCUCAAUCCCCAAGUCAUCCGUAUCAUCUAACAUUUCUUCAACUGAUAGUGAUGUUGAGUACUCAAGCCCCAAUUUAAUGCUCAGGCGAAGCAUGGAAACCAAAGAGGCUGAAUUAUCUUGAAGAAAAUCUGUUCAUUGUAAUACAUGUAUCAAAGUGGGAUUGUCACUGUCAUCUUUACCGUCUAUCCCUUUCCGUUGUAUGAUACAUAUGGAAAAAGGGGUAUUGGGGAACAAAAGAAAACGUCGACCUUGACAAUAUACAUAUGUAAGAUAACUCUUGGUGGGAUAAGAAAUAUAUGUGCGCUAUAUAAUCUGA